AUGUCGGCUUCUCGACAACUAUUACCUGAAUCCAGUGCUGAGGAUCCGGAUGAUCAAGAGUUUCUAUCAGAUGGUUUUACUAAAGUUGUAUCAAAAUCGAGUAAGAAGCAAGCUCGCCGAAAGUUACAAAUGGAACUUUCAGCAGCGACAGCAGCUUCCACCAACACUACCCAGAAGACUGGAUCUCGGCGUACGGAUGAUAGUAAGUCUUCAACGUCACAUUCAAAACUCACAAACGAUCGUAGUUCAACGCGAGUAGAACGUUCACCACACUCGUCUACCAGCUUUCGCCCCAAAAUCUCGGAGACGACGACCCCUAGUACGCAAACUUUACAUAAAGCCAAACCCUUCCCCGUUAAACCCACCUUCAUGGGACCUCCGGUUUGUUUGACCAAUGGUAGGGUGCAAACCAGUGACACAAACGAACCCCCGUCGGGAAUCAUAAGCACAGAGUCCGCAUCUGGCGACAGCCCAUCUGUGAAGAACCAAUCUGUUUCUGCAGCUCAACUUGGUUCAGGCAACAGUGUUCAUGUAGUCCCAGCGAACAACGGGACCCCAGGGAGGACUUGGUCUAAAGUGGUUGGAACAAAAGCGCCUCCGACAUCCGCAGCAACUGUAAAGGAAAGUGUCCCUGAAAAACCUGAGCAAAAGCCUGAUUCAAUGUGGUCUGCUAAACGUCAUGGAACUGAACAACGUACCGAUAAUUCGAUCACGACAGCAACUACCACAAGCGAUUCUUGUAAGAAGUCUGUUGGUGUAACAGAGCCAUUGAAGCCUAUUUGGUCUUCGCCGUCUUCCAGUGAAGAAAAAGGUACUCAUAGGAAAACAGCUCAGGACAGUACGGCGGAUCGAACUAAUGACAGCGGUCCUUCUGUUAGCAACUGCAACACCGCUGUAGUUAUGACAACUACUGCCACCUCUCUUGCCAACUCUACUGCCGUGACUAAUGUCUGUAAAGUGCGGCCACAGCAACAACAACCGUCACCUCAAGUGGGAUCGUCCAAUGUUCUAACCAACGUGGCGAACGUCUCAACGUCCAACGUCACUCCUUUGAGCCCCAUAAACGGUGGACAAGAACAGCCAACUACCAUCGGUCUUUGUAGCAGCGAUCUAACUAACAUAGAGAGUGAACGACUGGACUGCAACUUCGAUGUCCCUUCACAGAAUCGGGGUUCUGCUCGACAGAUGGAGGAAGUCUCUGGUUCUUCUCUCCUCUCUACUCGACCCGUGCAGACUGCUUGGGGAGAAGGUUUACAUGCGCCAAUCGCUGCGCCGCACACAGCUUUCACUCCAAUUGGUGGUCAGAUGUAUGUAGCACCACAACAGCCUUCUUCUAAUCCACAGUCUCAACCGGCUGGUUCAUUUUCAGCUGGCUGGGCAGUUCCGCCAGCGGCACAACCCAAUCCGAUUUCACAAAACAUGACGCAUGGCCCUCGCUUCCGCCAGCGUGUUGCCCACCAACUGGAUAUGUCAUCAUUCGGGGGCUAUCCGUUCCCAACGGAAGUGCCGAACGAAUACACUUUCUUACCUUCCGUGACUGCAUGCGUACCUGCUCCCCCCUCCGGAGGUCUUUAUUCAGCAAUGCAAGGUCAACCACAAAAUAAUUACCACCAUGGUUCCACUAGGUCUACCAUGGGUUCAUCUACUGGGGCUGCAUGGUCACUCCUUGGAAAUUCCAGCGGCUCUGGUAUGCAAGCUUCUAGUAACGAAUACGGUAGUGGAAUUCCACCUGCUGCUAUUGGCAGUGCAGGUGGUGGGACUACUGGUGGUGGCGGUGGACUUUUACCACACCCCGUGGCACAGGGUUUCAACAACCCAGCCGCACCCAUCUCUUCUUCGGGUUCAACUUAUAUGACUCACCCUAGCUGUGUCGGGGUGAUCGGAGGUGGACGUCCUAAUGCAAGUGAUCUGUCGGGAACUGCUGGUCGUCAACGUGGGAUUCCUCAAAGUUUGUAUCCAGCCCAUAACCUCGCUCAUUCUCCGUCUGCACAAGGUCAACAACAAUAUCAGUUGCACUCCACAUUUUAUCCGUCGUUAUCACCAUCACAUCAACGAGUUCAUCUUCAACAGUUCCCCAGUGCGCAGGGGCGGAACAACAUACACAAUUUUGUAAAUCCUCAGAGUAACUUGUACGCGGCGACCUACGGUCCUUCUCCGAAUCAACCCACACCACCACCCUUACAUUCGCAAAUGGGAUAUCCAAACAACUUCUCCACCGAAUCAUCUGUUGCUCCACCAGGCGCCUUUCACUCGAACGUACAAUCGCAUUCUUUUUCAAAUAUGGGUAUUCAAACUCAUCCUCAUGUACAUGGCCAUCGUUCACUCCAGUCAUCUGGCCCUCAAAUGGUUUCUCGUAGUAUGGGGACCGUGAAUAAUCACGGAGGUUCCACUUUAGUCAUACCCGGCGCGGUUGGACCCUCGGGCGUAUCUGCUCUUCCUGGUUAUCCACAGCCCACAGCGCCGGCACCUCUAUCGGUCUCGGGCUACUCUCUCAAGCCAGUUCUCCCCACUCUCUAA